GUCUAAAUUCGCGCCUAAUUUCGUGUUUGGCCUUCUCGAUAAUUGAAAUUGAAUAAAAAUAUGGAUUUAAAUAUAAAAAGAAAAUCUACGAAGACUGUAAUUACUGGAAGUCUCCUAGAAACAUACCCCCAUGAUCUGCAAAUGUAUAAAAUACCACCUACUGAAGAAAUACCUUUGCAAGAAUUUGAAACUUUAGCUUUGGAAAGACUUACAUUAUUGAGAAGUUUAGCAACAGCUACCACUCUCAAAGGCUUUCGUCCUUUCUCUGAUGAGUGGAAAGAAUAUAUUCAAAGUGAUUUACGAAACCAAGGUCUGAAGUAUUAUGCAAAACUAUGUGAAUAUACUAAGUGUGGGACAGAUGCCGAUUUACAUGCAAGAAGAAAAGAUCACAUUGCUCAUUUUAUUCUCAGAUUAGCAUAUUGUAGAAAUGAAGAACUUCGACGUUGGUUUGUAGCCCGAGAACUAGAGCUCUUCAAAAUGAGAUUCAUGACCAUGAACAGUGAAGCAGUUGAUACAUUUUUUAGACUAAACAACUUGUCUUACACUAAUAUAAGUGAAGAAGAAAAACUUGAAAUUAUUAGCUGUUUGAGAGAGUCCACUCCAUACCAAAAUAUAGACAAUAUGAAAUUUUACAAAGUUAAGUUUUAUGAAGUUCUGGAUUUAGUCAGGUCUAGAAAAGUUUUCUUAAACGGUGGUUAUGCAUUCAUACCUCACAGAGACUUUGUGUCAGUACUUUCUGCUCAAUUUCGAACACAUUUGAGACAAAGUUUGGCUGUUGCUUGUCAUCAUUUGGGAGAAAUAGAGCAGGAUGAAAGACUUGUAUGUCUGUUGAAAGGUUUGCACCAGUCUUAUACUGGAGCAGAUUAUGCAGACACCAAAGCAGUGGUACCUAUUGAGAGUCUUGAUUCUCUUUCUGCUAAGUCAUACCCACUUUGCAUGAGACAACUUCAUGAGCAAUUGAGGUUGAGUCAUCAUCUUAGACAUGGGGGAAGACUUCAGUAUGGUUUAUUUUUAAAAGGUAUUGGUGUUACCUUGGAAGAUUCUCUAAGAUUUUGGAGAGAGGAGUUUACAAAAAUAAUGGAUUUAGAUAAGUUUGAAAAGCAAUAUUCUUAUAAUGUUAGAUACAAUUAUGGAAAAGAAGGCAGUAAGCGUAAUUACUCUCCCUUCAGUUGCUUGAGAAUUAUAAAUGAAACUGUAGGACCUGGUGACUGUCAUGGAUGUCCAUACAGACAUUGUGAUGUUAGCAAUUUGAAAAACAAAUUACAGGGUUAUGGCGUUGAUCCUCAAGCAAUUAGUGAAAUAGUAGACACAUCCAAGAAAGGACAUUUCCAAGUCGCUUGCAGUAAAUAUUUUGAUACCAUUCAUAAUGUUGAUUUGGGCUUAGGAAUAAAUCACCCAAAUCAGUUCUUUGAAGAAAGUCAAAAACUUUUGAAAGGUGAAAUUAAAGUGGAAAUAAAGAAAGAAAACAAAAUUAAUCUUAAGAAAGAAGCACUAGAUGACCUGGACUUUGAUGAUGAUUUAUGAACAACAAACUUUAAAAUUUAACUUGAUCAUUGAAAGAAAGAGGUAUUAUCUGUAGUAAAUAAAAUAUCAUCAAAUACU